CAUUAAAACCCCGGAACCCGGAAGUGUUUAGAAACAGUAAGCCAGGCUAACAGACAGGCUAACCGACAGGCUAACAGACAGCAGCGAGUUCACGUCUGCGGGGUUUCUCAGGAGACACGAUGAGUCUUCAGUGGACGGCCGUGGCCACGUUCCUCUACGUCGAGGUCUUCUUCGUCCUGCUGCUCUGCAUCCCCUUCAUCUCACCCAAGAGGUGGAGUAAGAUCUUCAAGUCUCGGAUCAUCCAGACCAUCGCUCUCUAUGGAAACACUUCAUUCAUGGUGGCCAUCGCCAUCCUCGUCUUCCUCCUCAUCGAUGCUUUCCGUGAGGUGAGGAAGUACAGCGUGACGGAGAAGGUGGAUCUGACCAACAACCCGACGGCCAUCGAACACAUCCACAUGAAACUGUUCAGAGCUCAGAGGAACGAGUACAUCGCCGGCUUCGCCCUGCUGCUCUGCCUGCUGCUCCGUCGUCUCGCCACUCUGCUCUCCCAGCAGGCCACGCUCAUGGCCUCCAACGAGGCCUUCAAGAAGCAGGCGGAGGGCGCCAGCACCGCCGCCAAGAAGUACAUGGAGGAGAACGAGCUGCUGCAGGAGAAACUCCGUGACGCCGGCGUCGAGGUUCCAGAGGCCGGAAAGAAAGGAGCCGGACCUCAGGAGGAGAACAAGACUCUGAAAGAGGAGGUGAAGACGCUGAAGGAGGAGCUGGACGCCACCAAGAAAGCUCUGCAGAAGUCGGACAGUGACGUUCGUGCGAUGAAGAAACAGGCCGGAAAUCUGACGGUGGAGUACGACAGACUGCUGGACGAACACAGCAAACUGCUGGCAACCAGCGACAAGAAAUCUGACUGAAUAGAACGAAGACGGUUUCCAGCUUCUCUCAUCUUCAUCUUCUUCAUCGUCGUCACCAGCGAUGUGAUGUCCCGCCCCUUUUUCUGGAUUAGAUUUGGAUAUUAAACGUGGUUAAAAUACAUAAAUAUAUAUCUGACUGUCGGAGCUUUAAGAGAAGAAACUUUCGUUUUUUUCUGCUGAGUUUUUGUUUUGUUUUGUGUUCACUUUCAGUUGAUUUACUGAGAAAAACAUGAAAACUGAUCGUUCCCUUUUUAUUGAGUUUCAUUCCAAAAUCUGAGGUCCAAACUAGAGUUUAAUGAUUCCACAUGGAGGAUUCGGUAACGAGUCCUGAUAUGAACCUUCAGAAGUCACCAUGAUGACGGUCUGAUGAAUGUCCACUUUGUACGAGCUCAACAACGGAUCAAUAUCUGCUGAUCAGGUGACUUUAUUGUAAACGGACUCACAAUCAGUCAAAAUACACUGAGCAGACUUUUGUUAACUCGUACAAAGUGAUCGUCAUGGUGAUGAACACCGGAGGGUUUAAAGCUUUUCUUGUUGUUAUGGGUUUGUUUGGGGUUUUAUCAGUUUAUCUUUAAGGGUUAAAGGUUUAAUGUUUUGUGGAUCUUUACUUUGUGAGAAACUGAACUUUCCGUUAGUUUCAUGAGGAACUCUGCAACAAAAUCAUGUUUCCUGUCACAUUAUGAAGUCCUGACGUUUAGCUGAGCUGAUCUGGAGUCUGUGUUCAUCACGAAAGAGGGGAAGAGGGACAUUUAUGUUCUGAGAAAAAAAACUAUUUCUGAGAUCAAAGUUGUAAAGUUAGGAGAAGAAAAAACCCUUUCUUCUGAAUAGAACAUUCAAAGUCUGGAUUCUGAUCAUAACCUGAUGAUUCUGGGCUAAAAUCACCCGUCGAUCUUUAUUGAUGAUUUAAUUAACAAAGUAGAAUUUGAUCAAAGUCGAUGUGGAUUCUUAACAAAAGAAGAAAACACAAAUCUUCUGGUAAUUUUGGGUUAAGUUUUUACAACUUUAUGAUUUAUAAUCUCAGAAUAUCUGGGUUUUUUUCCUCCUCACUAAGAUUUUGAUCUCUGAAGGUUUUUUCUGAAUACUACCCCCCCCCAGAGGAAAUUAAACUUCCCACAACGACCGCCUUUAUUUUGAAAAUACUGUUGUGUGUCACCUGACGAGUUUCUCCCCUGUGAUUGGUCAAAAAUCACGUUUCAAACAUAGUGAGAGAAUGGUUCAGUCGUCAAUCGAUCAGAACGGCUAAUGAAGGGUUGAGUCCACAAGGUUCUCACCCGUCUGUUUCUUUUCUACGUUCUACGUUCUGGUUCCAGAAGGACAAAAGGUUUUGCUUCACUUUGUUUAAAGAAAUGAACACAAACUGAAUGUAGAAAAUCACAAACGAUUUGUUUAAAUCUGUUUACGUUGUUUCACUUUAUUAUUUCUGACACGCUUUAUUCACUGAUGUGCAUUUAUUGAUAUUAUUCUUAUUUUAUUCUGUUUAACACCUGUAAUGUUUUAUGAUGAAACAUAAACUUAAAGGUAAAAUGUUUCAGACCAAACCUCCUGUUCAUAUUUCUGUAUUCAAACAUGUCUGUGUGGACAGAAACGUGUUCUUUUCUUCUUCUGUCUUUUAUUUCUCGUGUUAAUCUGCUGUUCAGAUGCAUCAUGGGAGCAUGUCAGAGGUGAACUGUAUCUGGACUCAGCUGUAAUAAACCACCAAAGGAGCUUCUA